AUGGAGAAGAAAGGUAGGGACUUGGAGAGGAAAGUAGGGGUUUUGGAAGUGAGGUUGAUGGAGGAGAGGAGCAAGAAAGUUAGGGUAGAGGAGGAGAUGAGGGAGAAGGGUAACGAGAAAGAGGGAGAGAUCGAGGAGCUGAAGAGGAAAGUCUCUGACUUUAAAAUGGGUUUAGUGAAGGGUAUGAUGGAGCUGGAGAGAUUGGAGGUAGAGAAGAAGCUAAUAGAGGAAGAUUUGAGUGAGUCGCAGAUAAAGGAAAAGGAUUUGGAGCUGAGGAAGGAGGAGUUGUUGAAGAAGGUGGGUGAAGCUGAGAAAACACUGCUUGUGUUGAACGAGAGGAUCAUGGAGCCUACUAAUGGAGUCAGAGACAUAAAGGAUGGUGGCCAGAAAUGCUCCUUGGAAGGACAAUUGCAUUGGCCAGUUGUUGCUGCUGGUUCGGUUGGAGCUUUGGGUUUGGUUGCAGCGACAGUGUUUGUAUGCUACUCUAAACGUACAUGAUUCAAUAAUAUUGAGAGGUUUAACU